AUGCAGGGGGAAAGGGGCAGAGUCAGCAGCAGUGACCCGGCGGGGACUUGCAGGGAAGCCAUCAACAGACUGUACGAGGCGGUGCCGGGUGUGAAGGGCAUCUGGAAGAAGAAGGCUCCCAACAAAGCCCUCUUCUCCAUCCUGGGCAAGAGCAAUCUCCGCUUCGCGGGAAUGAGCAUUGCUGUCAACAUCUCCGUGGAUGGGCUGAACCUCAUGAUUCCCACCACACGCCAGAUCAUCGCCAACCACCACAUGCAAUCCAUUUCCUUCGCCUCUGGUGGGGACACGGACACCACGGACUAUGUUGCCUAUGUUGCCAAGGACCCCAUCAACCAGAGAGCCUGCCACAUCCUGGAGUGCUGCGAGGGGCUGGCACAGAGCGUCAUCAGCACAGUGGGACAGGCCUUCGAGCUGCGCUUCAAGCAGUACCUGCACAGCCCCCCCACGGUGGUGGCACCUCCGGACAGGGCCAUGAGUGCAGAGGAGUCGGCGUGGGGGGAGGCUGAGGAGGCGGCCGAGCACGAUUACUACAACAGCAUCCCGGGGAAGGAACCACCCCCAGGGGGACUGAUUGACUCCCGGCUCCGGCACGGUGCAGCCCUGGGCCACCUUCACACCCAGCCCUCCAGCUCCGGCCCCCCCAGCCAGGGUGGGUUUGCAGCCAGGCGAGAUCAGAGCAUCCAGCCAGGGCCACCCCAGGACCAGGAGAGUCAGGGCCAGUCCUGUGACGGUUACCUGGAGGCAGACAGCCACCCCCUGGGGCCGCAGGACUACGAGGAGCACAUGUACGUGAACACACAGAGCCUGGACAUCUGGGAGCCGGAGCUGGAGGCUUGGGGGGGGCUGGAGGAGAGCCCCAAAAAGGACCUCUUUGAUAUGAGGCCAUUCGAGGAUGCCCUGAAGCUCCAUGAGUGCACUGCGGGGGGCGGCACCGGCCCCCCCAUCGAGGAUCGGUGGCCGAGUCCCCCCCCACGAAAAGCCCCCGCGGAGGGGCUCCUGCAGAUGGACGGAGCCUUCCUGGUGCGGGACAGCCUGACCAACCCCGGGCAGUACGUGCUGACGGGCAUGCAGAGCGGGCAGCCCCGGCAUCUGCUGCUGGUGGAUCCCGAGGGUGUGGUGAGGACCAAGGAUGUGCUGUUUGAGAGCAUCAGCCACCUCAUCAGCCACCACCAGCAGAACAAUCAGCCCAUUGUGGCUGCUGAGAGUGAGCUGCACCUCCGCCAGGUUGUCCGGAGGAAGCAGUGA